UGUGAAAGGACACCUAAAAUGUCUAUCAAUAAGUACUCGAUACUUCUACCAACGUACAACGAACUCGAAAAUCUGCCUCUCAUCGUCUACCUCAUCGUGAAGACGUUCGAAGAAGCUAAUUACGACUACGAGGUCAUUAUAAUCGACGACAACAGUCCAGACGGAACUCAGAACGCCGCAAGACAGCUACAGAAAAUCUACGGUGAGGACAAGAUCGUGCUACGCCCUCGUGCCGGUAAGCUCGGUCUGGGGACGGCUUAUGUUCAUGGGAUAAAGCACGCUAAAGGCAACUUCAUUGUCAUCAUGGACGCCGAUCUAUCUCAUCACCCCAAGUUUAUUCCGCAGUUUAUAGAGAAGCAGAAGGAGGGAGACUUUGAUAUUGUGUCUGGAACGCGUUAUGUUGGAUCUGGAGGUGUGUAUGGAUGGGAUCUGAGGAGGAAGUUGAUAUCUCGAGUUGCCAAUUACAUCACACAGGUGCUGUUAAGACCAGGUGCCUCUGAUCUUACCGGAAGCUUUCGAUUGUACAAGAAAGACGUCCUGUCUAACCUGAUUGACAAAGUCGUAUCAAAAGGCUACGUUUUUCAAAUAGAGAUGAUUGUCCGAGCACGUCAACUUGACUAUACGGUUGCUGAAGUGCCCAUUACAUUUGUAGACCGAGUCUACGGUGAUUCCAAAUUGGGAGGAACUGAGAUAGUUGGAUUCGCCAAGUCAAUACUGACUCUGUUUGCUACAACGUGAUUGCUAAUUUGUGUAUUGUAUGUGUACACUGAGUGAUUACACUUACUGGUUGAUCGUCGGUGGUAAAUGUUGUGUGUUAUACAA